AUGUUUGGGCUUGAUAAAGAAUCGGAUGAGGAGUUGCUUCCUGAUGCUUCCUGUCACUGCGAAAAUGGCAGAGACGCAGCGUGGACGCCGUCAGUAAAUCGUGCGUUCAAGGAUCACAAACGCGGUUAUUAUAGUGAUAAAAUGAAGUAUGACAAUAUAAGUAAGGACGAGUUGCGCGAGCAGGCCGAGGGAUAUGUGCGUGCAAUUCAAUGGAAUCUUCAUUACUAUUAUCAUGGAUGCUGCAGCUGGAGCUGGUUUUAUCCGCACCAUUACGCUCCUUAUAUAUCAGAUGUUACCGAUUUCGCGGAUAUGCAAAUGAACUUCGAAUUAAAUGAGCCGUUUCACCCGUUCGAGCAAUUAUUGGCUGUACUGCCAGCUGCCAGCGCUGACUGCUUGCCCCUUUGUUUUCAGGAACUUAUGUGUGAGCCGUCGAGUCCAAUCAUCGAUUUCUAUCCGAAAAAAUUUGAAACUGAUUUGAACGGGAAAAAGAAUGACUGGGAAGCG